GGAAGGGCUACAGAGGGAGAGGCAACCAUGAGCAAAGACACCAGCAAAGUGUUAAAAUGCAAGGAGAAAUGUGAUAAUGGGCCAACCAGAAAUACAGGCUUUACUGAAUGUCUGGGAAAUGUGUUUGGGUGUUUUAUGGUGUGUGUCUGGGUGUUUUAUGGUGUGUGUCUGGGUGUUUUAUGGUGUAUGUCUGGGUGUUUUAUGGUGUGUGUUUGGGUGUUUUAUGGUGUGUGUUUGGGUGUUUUAUGGUGUGUGUUUGGGUGUUUUAUGGUGUGUGUCUGGGUGUUUUAUGGUGUGUGUUUGGGUGUUUUAUGGUGUGUGUUUGGGUGUUUUAUGGUGUGUGUUUGGGUGUUUUAUGGUGUGUGUUUGGGUGUUUUAUGGUGUGUGUUUGGGUGUUUUAUGGUGUGUGUUUGGGUGUUUUAUGGUGUGUGUUUGGGUGUUUUAUGGUGUGUGUCUGGGUGUUUUAUGGUGUGUGUCUGGGUGUUUUAUGGUGUGUGUUUGGGUGUUUUAUGGUGUGUGUUUGGGUGUUUUAUGGUGUGUGUUUGGGUGUUUUAUGGUGUGUGUUUGGGUGUUUUAUGGUGUGUGUUUGGGUGUUUUAUGGUGUGUGUUUGGGUGUUUUAUGGUGUGUGUCUGGGUGUUUUAUGGUGUGUGUCUGGGUGUUUUAUGGUGUGUGUCUGGGUGUUUUAUGGUGUGUGUUUGGGUGUUUUAUGGUGUGUGUUUGGGUGUUUUAUGGUGUGUGUUUGGGUGUUUUAUGGUGUGUGUUUGGGUGUUUUAUGGUGUGUGUUUGGGUGUUUUAUGGUGUGUGUUUGGGUGUUUUAUGGUGUGUGUUUGGGUGUUUUAUGGUGUGUGUUUGGGUGUUUUAUGGUGUGUGUUUGGGUGUUUUAUGGUGUGUGUCUGGGUGUUUUAUGGUGUGUGUUUGGGUGUUUUAUGGUGUGUGUUUGGGUGUUUUAUGGUGUGUGUUUGGGUGUUUUAUGGUGUGUGUUUAGGUGUUUUAUGGUGUGUGUUUGGGUGUUUUAUGAUGUGUGUUUGGGUGUUUUAUGGUGUGUGUUUGGGUGUUUUAUGGUGUGUGUUUAGGUGUUUUAUGGUGUGUGUUUGGGUGUUUUAUGGUGUGUGUUUGGGUGUUUUAUGGUGUGUGUUUGGGUGUUUUAUGGUGUGUGUUUGGGUGAGUGUAUUUUUUGUGAUGUGUGUUUUACU